AUGUUGUUUCAGUGGAAGCACAACUACGGCUUCGUGAUUGGUCCACCACUGGAGCCGGGCAAGACGUAUCGUUUCCGCGUGAGAGCCGUCUCCCCGAACAGUGGCGCGGACGCGAUUCCGCCGUCGGGCUGGUCGGACUCCGUGAGCACCCACCACAUCAGCAACGCGCCACCGCCCAGGAUCACCUCUGUCCAGCCCUAUCACGACGGGCGCUUCAAUGUGACGUGGGAGUACGACGGUGAUGGAAAGAACCUGAAGUGGGCCAACGAGUCCGCGUCGUUUGAGCCUUUUGUGCCCGACUUCUUCCUUAUCCUCGUGAGGCCCGUCCUCAAGAACGACGCCAAGCCUGGAGACGAGGGCGCCGGCAAAGCCGACAACGUCGUCAAGUUCGGACGAUACAGGGCGACGCAAGUCAACGGGUCGGAUGCCAAGGCAAGUCAAAGAAAGGCGUUCCUUGCUCCCCAAGAGGGCUUCAUCUACAACCUGAACACGUCAGUCAGUUAUCAGCUGGUGGUGUACGGUGUGAAGUAUGAAAACGGCGUUCGUCGCAUAACACGCUUCUCCGAGGCGAAAUUCGCCACCCUUCCUGAGGUUCCGGGCUUCGGCAGCUUUAGCCUAAUUCGUGCCGUGACAGAGAACAAGCCGAUUUUCAUAGGGUUGGGUGCUUUGGCUCUGAUCAUCUUCAUCAUCAUCAUGAUCCUCGUGGUUAUGUGUGUCGCGAGGCAGCGCAAGGACCGUCGCAGGAGGCGCGCCAAGCACAAUGGUUUCGUGGCAGGUCACAGUGAAACCGACAAGUACCAGUCGCAGCAGACUAACCAGAGGGGCGACGAUCUGCGUCCCUCCUCGCCCUCCGUCAAGGCCGCGCAGGGAGCAGCGGGUCAGGCGAUGAUGAUGGGCACGCUCAUGCGACAGUCCAACUUCUCCGAAACCGACGCCCAACGCUUCCAACAGCAGCAGCACCAACAACAACAGCAGCAGCAGUUUGCUCACCAGCAGAUGGCGAUGAUGGAUCCGUCGCUGCACUUUGGUUACUACGGGCAACAGCCACAGCCGCACCACCACCAGUCGCACCACUCGCUGCUCCUCUCUCCGACCGGCGGGAUGGCCAGCCCGAUGUUCCACAGCAGCACCCUGCCCGGUGGACCAGCGAGGUACAGCGGGUCGACGAUGCGGGCGACGCCACACCCGCCGCCCUUCGGCAGCCAACAGGUCCUCAAUCAAGGCGGUGGUGGGGGCGGAGGAGGAGGCGACCAGAGUGAGCAGGCCAUUCUCAUGCGCGACUUCUACAACCAACAGUACCAACAACAGCGCCUGUACCAACAGACCCUUCAGCAACAGGUCAUGGGCCAGCAACCCUUCAUGUACGCGACAAACAAUCCGGCAGCCUACCUGCCCCCACAACACCCCGGCGACACGAUGUCUCGCCGCCAGAGCCAGGGCUACCCCUACGGCGGCAGCACCCACUCCGGGACCUCACUGAAGCGCGACGGCUUGCCCACUAACGGCAGUGGAUCGAUGCACGAGGAUGCGACCCUGCUCGCACGCAGCCCGAUGAGUCCGCACGUGCAGAUGCUGAACGAGCCCGCGGGUUCGCCGGUUUCCGGGCUGCCCCCACCGGGCUACUUCCAGCAGGCUGGCAGUCAACAGGCCCUCCACAUGCAAGGCGUUGGCGGCGCUGCCGGCUACCCUCUGAGCCCCAGUCAACAGAUGUCCAUGUACCAGCAACACCAGCAGUCUCUAAUGAUGGCCGGCUCUCCCCAGAUGGGCGGUGUUCCAUUCUACCCCGGACAACCUCCGCCACCCGACCCCGCUCUUAUGAGACACCACAGCAUGGGCCAUCACACGGACGGUGAGUCCAUCUACUCAUACUUCUCUCAGCAGGACGUCUGCCAUCCGCAGUCGCACGCCCACCUCAAUCCUCUGCCAGAGGAGAAUCACAUGAACCUAGGCUACACGGAGUCGGGGAGCCAGACGGCGGGUCUCAACGGAGGUGGCGGCGGCGGUGGGGGGACGUUGACGGGCAACAGCGUGACCGGCAGCCCAGUUGGCACUGGCGCCAGCGGUCACCGCCACCACCGCAGACGUCGUAGGAAGCAGCAGCAACAGCAGCAGACCCCGCAACAGCGGCAACUCGGCGCGGGCGAAGGCGCCGAAGGCAUGCCUAGUGACGGCUACCAGUACGGCGAUCAACAACAGCAACAGUACCCCGGUUACAACGACCACAUGAUGAUGGCGAUGAUGGACGAGCAAGGUCAAGGCAGGAGCUACGUGGUGAACGGACGACCUCCGAACACCCUCAGUGGAAGCCCACCUUCAGCUGCAGGGUUGGAGCAGAGUAUGAAUGGCGUCGGUGAAAACAGCCAGAUUGACAACCCACGUUCUGGAAACCAGUCUUUCGAUCAGAGCACUCCCUCAUUUGGCACGUCGCCGGCGGUGGGAGCACGACCAGGCGGGGGGCCACUGCCACCGCCCAGUCAGCCUCCCCCUCCUCCACCCGCACCCCAGAUGGGGGGACACCAAGGCGGGUACUUCCAGCCCCCCCCAAGUCAGAUGAUGAUGAUGGACAGUCUGAAUCGCCGCGGCGGAUCGCUGUCGGGCUCGGGUCUGCUGGUGGGACCGCCUCCGCGGAUUCGUGACUACUCCGAGUACGGCAUCCCCACGGGCAUUCCCACGAACAACGGCGGUGGCGGUGGUUGCACGGAGACACCCAAACCCGGCAUGAUGAUGGCCAUGAACGCCGCGCCUGCCCCCUCAGUGAGCAACAAGCAGGCACAGGCGCAACACCAGCAACAACAGGCGUACAACGGAGGAAUGGUCCAGUCAACGCCAACCAGCACUCGGUACCGCGAGGGACAGGCAUGA